AUGGAGCGCCAUUUCACCAAAGUCCACAGCAAGUUUUCACGGGCCUUCCCUGCAGGUAGCAGUGUACGAAAAGAGAAGAUAAAGGAGCUGGAAAGUACGCUUCAAAGACAACAGUCUCUGCUCACAAGACCAACGAAGAAGAAGGCCAGAGCAGCAACGGAGGCUUCGUUUAAAGUGGCGCACGUCUUAACCAAGCACAAAAAGCCCUUCACCGAUGGCGGGAUUGUAAAGAAGGCUAUGACUGCGGUGGCUGACAUGUUAUUCAGGGACCAUAAAAGUAAGACAGAGAUGUUGUCUGCUAUUGCCGAUGUACAACUUGGUGCUAAUACUGUGGCAAGGAGCGCGUCUGUGCUGUCCAUGGAUGCGGUAAAACAGCUGGACACGAACAGGUGCAAAUGGUUUUCAGUUCAGUAUGAUGAGUCUGUCGACUCCAGCGAUGCAGCCCAGCUAGCUGUUUUCAUUCGGAUGGUGUUUGAUGACUUUUCCACCAAACAAGAGUUUUUGACCUUACUUCCACUGAAAACCACAACCAGGGGAGUUGAUGUUUACCAUGCAGUGAAGGACUACUUUGUAGAAGAAAAGAUCCUUAUUGAAAAGCUGGUGUCUGUAACAACUGAUGGAGCCCCUGCUAUGACAGGUCGUCACUCAGGAUCUAUUGCGCACUGCAACGCGGACCCAGACUUUCCAAAGUUUCUGAACUAUCACUGCAUCAUUCAACAACAGGCUAUAUGCGCAAAGGUUAUGGAAUUUGGCCAUGUGAUGGCGCCUGUUGUUAAGAUCAUCAACUCCAUUCGAGCAAAGGCUAAGCAGCACAGGAGCUUCAAGCUGUUGCUGGAGGAAUGCUCUGCGGAGUAUGGGGAUCUCCUCCUCCACACUGAAGUCAGAUGGCUAAGUCGGGGUAAGAUACUACAGCGCUUUCUUUCCUUGCUGGGUGAAAUCAAGGCAUUUAUGGAAACGAGGGAGGAGGACACCACCCUGUUAUCUGAUGCAGAGUGGCUACUUGAUCUUGCUUUCCUGACAGAUGUAACUGAGAAAAUGAAUGAGCUGAACCUACAGUUACAAGGCAAAGAUAAAAACCUAUCUGAUAUGAUCAGUGCUGUCAAUGCGUUCAGUGCAAAACUGUCAUUGUACAUUCAGCAAGUGAAAAACAAAAGGUUUCAGCACUUCCCCUGGGUCUCAAAGAUGUUGGAAAGUCACACAGGUGCAGCCAGCAUUGUAAAGGUUUCCAAGUAUUGUGACCUCUUGUCAAGGCUUGGACAGGGUUUUGCAGACAGAUUCAGUGACUUUGAGAAACUUGAGCCCUGUGUGACAUUUAUGGCCAACCCCUUCAUGGAUGUGGACAUAAGUGAGAUUUCAGGACAGAUUGCUGAACUUUUCCGUGUUGAUCCUGUAGAAAUGGAAAUUGAGCACCAGGGAGUUCAGCCUGCACAAGACACAGCCAGGUGUCCCAUCCCUGUCAUGAAGCCAGUCAAGGAGGAGCUGGAAAGGAUGGAGGGCAACGGCAUCGUUGAGAAGGUGAGCGAGCCCAUGGAGUGCUGCGCUCCCGUGGUGCCAGUCCCAAAGAGGUCAGGCAAGGUGUGUAUCUGCGUAGACCUUAAAAGACUAAACAAAGCCAUUAAGAAGGAGCGAUUUGCCUGCCAACGACGGAGGAGAACACAACUGAACUGA